AUGUCCACUGUCAACGUGGUUGAUAAUACGCUGCAGUAUUCUCAUGGAGAUGUCACGACUGUGAUCAAGCUUGAAGAUAUUCUCUGUGUGUCAAGCAAUCCCUCAAGCCAUAAUGUACUAUUCUUUUGCGCCGAGGGCGAUCCCAAAGACGACCCCGAGCGUGUCCGUCUGAAGAAGAUUGAGCUCGAGUCUCUUCCCACUGAGUUGGUUCCAUUAAAGGCCAGCGUUCCUACUCAUCUGAACAAGGAGACUGCCGUACACGUCGUGAUUUCUACGGGAUCGGGCACAGGAAAGGCCAAAACAGUCUAUCAAGAUGCGAUACAGCCAUUUCUGACACAUCUCGGUGUUGAGUAUUCGGUCCACGAGACUGAGGAUCCAGAGACAAUUCCCCAUCUAGCUCGAACGCACUUCCUGGAGCAGGCUCAUCGUGGCAUUCCGCAAACCGUCAUCCUCCUCUCGGGUGAUGGGGGCCUGGUGGAUAUCCUCGAUGUCUUCUAUAGGUCCAACACCAUAGUCAAGGUUCCUCCGAACCUCGUGCUGAUCCCCUGUGGCACAGGAAAUGCCAUGGCCAGCUCUAUUGGAUUACGCUCGGGUCCCGUACCGGGCCUUUCUACAUUACUACGCGGGUCUCCAUCUCCCGUGCCUGUCUUUGCUGCUGAAUUCUCAGCCGGCAGUCAGCUCGUUGCCGAUGAGGGUCGCCUAUCGGUGCCAAUAGACCAGAACAAUGAGACUACGUCACAUACGUUAUGGGGCGCCGUUGUCGCGAGCUGGAGCCUCCAUGCGGCAUUGGUGGCUGACAGCGACACUGCGGAAUACCGCAAGUUUGGAGUCGAGCGAUUCAAGAUGGCUGCCAACGAACUACUCUACCCCUCGGAUGGUGCCCCGUGCCAUCGGUUCGCGGGCAAGAUCACGAUGACUACCUCGGAGAGUCCAGAGCAGACCCGCCAGCUGGAAGAGCUGGAGCAUAUGUAUGCCGUGGCCACGUUGGUUCCUCGGCUUGAGAAAGAGUUCUUGAUCUCACCGGGGUUGGAGCCUCUCAGCGGACAGAUGAAGUUCAUUCGGUUCGGCCCUAUGUCACCAGAGGACGCGAUGCAAUUGAUGACUCUCGCCUACCAAGGUGGUCAACACGUGCAGCAAUCCACAGUGACCUAUGCCGACAUUGAGAGACUGCGGAUCGAUUUCCAAGAAGAUGAGGCGAGAUGGCGACGCGUGUGUAUUGACGGAAAGAUUGUGGUUGUCGAGAAGGACGGCUGGGUGGAACUCCGCAAAGAGCCAAGGCGAUCACUGAACCUGAUUCAUUGA